AUUGGACAAAAUAGCAAAGCUGCAUGCAGUAUCAAAACUGCAGAAAUUUCUCCUGUUUUCUUUUCUCUUUUCUGCCGAUUGACUCCACUUACAUGCACUCCACUUUUUGCUAUAUCAUCCCAAAAACAAACUUGUUUUAUGUGUCUAAUGGAUUACAAAAUCAUGAGCUAAAUUGAGGAUGAUUUUAUGAGAAAAUAAACUCUUUCUCAAAAUUUGGUGUUGUCAUUUGGAAAAUUAAUUUCCACUGAUUCGGUGUUGCUAUCAUUUAAGAAACUUACUCAAUAUUU